CGUUUCUGUUCAAGCAAGCAGCGGAUUCAUGUGUUUUCUUCUCUCAAAUCCAAUAAGCUAGACUAGAAUUCUGUUUUGUUGUUAAUUUUCAUUCUUAAAGUUUAUUAAACAAUAAAAAUUAAACAAUAUCCCAAACCAUGUCAACUGCCGCACCAACUGCUAAUGCAUCCACUCUCCUGCCAUUAGAACUGGUGGACAAAUGCAUUGGAUCUCGAAUUCAUAUCAUUAUGAAGAAUGACAAAGAAAUGGUUGGAACCCUUUUGGGAUUCGAUGAUUUUGUCAAUAUGAUGCUGGAAGAUGUUACAGAAUAUGAAAACACACCCGAAGGUCGAAGAAUAACCAAAUUGGAUCAAAUUCUUUUAAAUGGGAAUAAUAUCACAAUGCUCGUACCUGGUGGAGAUAUUCCUGAAUGAUUUUAAGACAACAAUUCGGAUGCAAUGCUAAUCGAUGGUACAUAAGACAUUACUGGUAUAACAAACAAAAAAAUGUACAAAUUCUUAAAAAAAAAGUUUAUUUGUUUA